CGAAAGCUGAUGUGUCAACGUCCAACUAACAAACCCUUGGUUGGGAGUGAUAUGCAUAGAAGGAUCCGAGGCUGAUUCAUUCUUUAGAAAGCUAAGAUAGUUAGUCGGCAAUACAGAAGGAAUCAAUCGGGUUGAGAUAUCUAUAGACUCGCCGGCCCAGAGUGGAACAAUCUACAUCUUUUAGCGUUGACAAGGUCAUCUUUUCAAUCCAGACUGCAGAAACAACAUGAAGCUCUUCCAGGCGGUUUCUACCCUUGUGGCCGUGUCGGCAAUGACCAAUGUGGCCACUGGUUUCACUCUGGUGGCGCCAAGAUCGCUUGCUACUACACCCUUGGUGACUUCUUCUUCUCCCACAACCCUCAUGGCACGAGGAGGAGGACGGAGAGGAGGACGUGGCAACCGUGAUGUAGUCCAAGAAGUAAAACCCACCAUGAACGAAGAAAUCCAAGCCACCGAGCUGAGAGUGGUCACACCCAACCCCAAAGGAAAGGAUGAUUCUUUGGGUAUCAUGAGUCGCGCAGAAGCUUUGGCCAAAGCAAAAGAUAUGGGUGGACUGGACCUGAUCCUCGUGAAUGACAAAUCCGAUCCCCCCGUUUGCAAGAUUGUCGAUUAUUCCAAGUACCGGUAUAUGCUAGAAAAAAAGGCCAAGGAACUCAAGAAAAACUCCAAGGCAACCGAAAUCAAGGAAGUCAAAAUGUCCUACAAGAUUGACGUACAUGAUUACGGUGUUCGCAAGAAGAAUGCACUCAAAUUUUUGGCCCAAGGAAACCGCGUCAAGUGUACCGUCAUGUUCCGUGGGAGAGAAGUCCAACACGACAAUCUUGGAUUCGACCUACUGGAAAAGCUGGCCGAGGACUUGGACGAAUUGGCCGCCAAGGAGGGACGCCCAAAACGAGAAGGAAGAAAUCUUUCAGUCAUCUUGUCUCCGCGGGCAGAAGUGCUGAAGGCUGUCAAUGAAAAACGUAGGGCCGAUGACAAGGCCAAGAAAAAGAACAAGAAGGUGGCAUUUGAAGAAAAACUGGCCGCCAAGGCAUCCACAGAUGCAGCAGCAGCUACCACUAAUGCUCUGGCAGCCGAAGGGUUGAACGGCGAGUUAUCGGUGGAAGACACCAUUAUUGAUAUGGAAUCAUCACUGGAUGAUUUGCUGGGUGGAAGUGAUGACUUGACCGAUGAUAUCUUCAGCUAAGCAAGACAAAACAUUGGCAUCAGUGCAAUACAAUACGUCGAUACUUGCUUUCUGUUGAGAAUUGGUAGACUGCUUAGUAGGAGCACCCCACUACGUACCAUGAAACGAAACGGCUAAAUCAAACGUACCGGUAGAACAAAAGAGGGGAGCCUAACUAGUAGUGUGAUGAUGUAUAUGAUAAAUGAUAAACGACUUGAAUGAAUGCCGACG